UUUCCAGGCGGAGAGUUUUGGCGUCGGCGGCGGCGGCCGGAGCGGGGCCAUGGACGCGCUCAAGUCGGCGGGCCGGGCGCUCAUCCGCAGCCCCAGCAUUGCCAAACAGACGUGGGGAGGCGGCGGGCGGCACCGGAAGUUACCUGAGAACUGGACAGACACGAGGGAGACCCUGCUGGAGGGGAUGCUGUUCAAUCUCAAAUAUCUGGGCAUGACCCUGGUGGAGCAGCCCAAAGGGGAGGAGCUCUCUGCGGCUGCUGUGAAGCGCAUCGUGGCCACGGCUAAAGCUAGUGGGAAGAAGCUUCGGAAAGUGACCCUCCAGGUCUCCCCAAGGGGCAUCAUCUUACAUGACAGUGGGACCAAUGAGCUGAUUGAGAACGUUUCCAUCUACAGAAUAUCCUACUGCACGGCAGACAAGAUGCACGACAAGGUUUUUGCCUACAUCGCCCAGAACCAGCACAGUGAGAGCCUGGAGUGCCACGCGUUUCUCUGCUCCAAGCGGAAAAUGGCUCAGGCCGUCACCCUCACGGUGGCCCAGGCUUUCAAAGUCGCCUUUGAGCUUUGGCAGGUGUCCAAGGAAGAGAAGGAGAAGCGGGAGAAGGCAAACUUAGAAGAGGUCGCGUGUGGGGCUCGGCUGGACAGCUCCCCGUCCCUAAAAGGCCCGAUCACUACUGGAAACCUGCUGGACCUGGAGGAAACAGCCAAGGCUCCCCUGUCCACUGUGAGUGCCAAUGCCGCCAACCUGGAUGAGGUGGGGAGGCCUGAGCCCCUGGCCAAUAACAACGUGGUCUGGGAGCUAGAUGACGGCCUUGAUGAAGCCUUCUCAAGGCUGGCCCAAUCACGGACAAAUCCACAGGUCCUGGACAUCGGGCUGACGGCCCAGGACAUCCAGUAUGCCCAGUGCCUCUCCCCUGUGGACUGGGACAAGCCGGACUCAGGCACCUCUGAGCAGGACGACCUCUUUGGCUUCUGAGCAUCUGAGGGCCAGUGAGGCCAGCAACCACUACGCAAAUGGACCAAAGUCAUCCUCUUGGGGAAGGGGAGGAGCAGGUCCCCUUGUCCUCAGACGGCAGCCUCUCAUGGCCCCGUCAACCACUAGACCAAAGGCAUUAUUAAUGCAGCUCUUUUUUUUUAUCCUGCUUUUUUUUCCCUUUACAAACUAUAGGAUGCUUCAAGCCUAUUUAUUCCGUGGACUCUCACUCAGACACAAGCGUUGUUGAGCAUCUUCCGCUGUGUGAUGUGUACAGUAUUAUGACCAGCCUUUUGGCCCCUCUCCGGGGGAGGUCAGCUUCUCUCUUACCUCUUCUCUUUUUACAAAGCCAGGGCCGCUUGGUCUUAACUCAUUCCUUCCCCAAAGAGUCACCUUGGGGUCUGCUCCUGUUCUCCCAUGGAGGAGAGGGGACAAGGAGGGAGGGUGGGGGGCCCUGCUGGCCUGGGUGACUGGGCUCUCUGUGAGCUGGAGGCCAGAAUACUGCCCAUUAAGCUGCCCAAGGAUGAGCUGACUCCAAGAGCCCCUCUCAUCCAAAGACUCAACAGCUUUGCACUUUAAGACAUGAACCCAAAGCCAGGCCUGAAGAUGGUGAAAGGAAAGUGCUGAGUCUGUAGGUAGCUUUUAGUCUUCAUUCUCAGGGUGGGUUAGGGUUUGGACCCCAGAACAGAGAAAAGCAGUGUAGUGUGGGUGGAGUGAGACGCCAGGAAGGCGCUCUCCUGACCUUGAGCCAAGCCCUUUCCCCUCGUUGGGCCUCAGCUUCCCCAUUCAGCAAAGGGGGAGAGGGUUGGACUUCCAACUCCAGCAUCCUGUUAUUUUGCCUUAUUAAAAGUUAACUGACUUCUGCUGA